UGUCCGUGUCCCAGUCUGUACUGCCCAGCCAGGAGCACAUGGCCCGGCGGUUUCCCAGCCCCCUCGGCUUCCGCGGAGCCCGGGAGCUGUCCCAUCCAGCAACGCAGUAUUUCUCCGGCCGAGGGCUGUGAGGAUGUACUGAGUAUCUGUCUGCAAAGUGUUCAGAAGACUCGCAGGGUGUGGAAGUGUGACACAAAAGUGACUCAUCUUCACCAUCAUCCUCGUGUGUGCCAGGCCCUGCGUGUGCCGGAAGGCACUGGGAACAAAGAGGAGUUGGGCUGGCAGACCCCUCAUGAGCAGAGAAAGGUGUGAUCGCCCUGCCCCCGACCCCCUGGUGUCCUCGGGAAUGAAGGCCAUUGGGGUUCUCGUGGUCUUUGCCUCCUGCCUGAUGGCCCCUGCCCACAGCAGCUUCUGGCAAUUUCAGAGGAUGGUCAAACUCAUCACGGGACGGAGUGCUUUCUUUUCGUAUUAUGGAUAUGGCUGCUACUGUGGCCUUGGAGGCAAAGGGACCCCCGUGGACGACACAGACAGAUGCUGCCUGGCGCAUGAUUGCUGCUACGGGAAGCUAAAGCAGUUUGGUUGCCAGCCCGUGCUGAACAGCUACGAAUUCCACAUCGCCAACGGGACCGUGGCCUGUCAAUGUGCCCUCGACCCCAGCGUCAGCUGCCUCUGUGGGCUGCGGGCAUGUGAGUGUGACAGGCAGUCUGCCUACUGCUUCCGAGAGAGCCUGCCCACCUACGAGAAAAACUUCAAGCCGUUCUUCUCCAGCCGGCCCCGCUGUGGCAGGCAUAAGCUCCAGUGCUAGGCAGCCACGGGCCCCCUUAUCGGUCAGCAUGGGAUCCAAGGUCACCUGUCCUUCCUGAAGCCUUCUCAUGCCAUCCCCAAGAGGCUCUAGUUCCGCAGUCACCCUUCGGCACAUGGCCUAGGGUACUCCUUUGUCACUC